AUGGGCGGGAUUUCGCCCCUUCACGCCCCGGAAGUCGGGGAGGAGGAAGAAGGAACCCGCGGCUGUUCCGGGGGCGGCGCCGCGGCUGCGCGACCCUGGGGGGGCUGGCGCUGCGCCCCGCUUUGCAGACGUGGAGGCUGGGGCGCUGCGGGGCUGGGGCUGGUCCGCAGGGCCGCUCCCCUGCUGCUCUCGGGGUUCGCAGACCCGGGGGAACUGAGCGCGGCGCAGGGCGCUGGGCCUCAGUCUCCCCUCGGCGGCCUUGGCCUCCUCUGGACUUGGCCCAGCUCGGCGAGAGGGUCCUGUGCAGCCCCCGAGCGGCCUGCAGGGAGGAAGCUGGGGCGCUCAGUGAACCCCUGCACCGCGUCUCGCCUCCCUCUGGUUUCAGACCGGGAGGGUGUCCCUCCCAUGAGCAGGUCUUUGCUUUUGGAGAGUCUGUCCCUCCUCGGUGCCUUUCCCAGCUCCUCUCCUGCCAGAUCCCAGGCCAGAGGGAUCCUGGAAGUCAGGUCCACCUGCCCUCCGCCAGCCUUCGCUUCCCUCCAGCUCCGCCUGCUGCUUUUUCUUCCGGAGCUCCUGACCCACCUCUGCCUCCGGCUCCUUGCUGGCCGCGCUCACUGCUGGUGUGUCCCCAGUGUCUGCAUGUACCCCUGACCCCCUACUAAAAUUCCAGCCCUCUCCUCACCCCAUCCCCCUCGCUGCCUCGUGUUUCUCCACGGGACUUACCACCUGAUA